CCACUCAAUCGCAUUUGAGUCUUUGACGCCGGCUCGAACGGACGUGCUGGCGCGCGGUCUAUAAAAAACCUCAAUAAAAAAAAACCUCAAGUGACUGUGUUACAGUGGUUUCUAACUGUGGAACAUUUUGUGUACAUUGAAAAGUUUGUUGGUUUUUAGUUGUUUUUAGUUUCGUGUUCGCUUUGAGGAAAAGAUGGUGAAAGUCCGUCCGAAGAUACGCAAAAGGCCCCGGUGAUGUGACGAUGUGACAGUUUAGUGAAACCAAAAAAACUAAACUAAAAUAACUAAUAAUACUCCCAAAAUCCUCCUAGAAUAGUUAUAAAGUGCCAACUAUAGUGAAACAUAGAACUGUAAAAUCAUAAAAUCAACAGUACAGUGAACCAUAGAUCUCGAUACGCAUAGAUCUGGCUAAAUAAAAACAAAUCAUAGAGUAAAGAAAUAAAUAAUAAUUUAUAGAUUAAUCAAAACGUAAAAAGUGAUAGAAAAAGUUUAGUGACGCAUAAAUCUGUUAACGAGUUACAAUAUAAUAAAUAUAGACAGAACAUAAAAUAAUAGUGUACCAACGAACUUUAUGCAACGAUUAAAGUGCUAGAAGUGCCAAUUAAUAUUUUUAUAUUAUUUUGACUGUGAUGCAAACGGAUUGAAAAAUGGAUUUACAUGCGCCACCUCUGGUCGUUCACGGAUAUGAACCCCACGCGCCAUUGUUGGAGGUGGAGGGACUGGACCCUCAUAGUCCUCAGCACAAGGUCCUUAUCCAUGCACCAAUACAGAGCCAAGAGUUAAUAAGCAACGACCAUAGAAAUGGAGAGUAUGAAUUUGCAGAUGAGCAGUACCACGCGCAUAGCAGCAACCAAGGAGGCGAUGGCCACGGUGGAGUCAACCAACUAGGUGGAGUGUUUGUGAAUGGCCGACCGUUGCCCGACGUCGUGCGACAGCGGAUAGUGGAGCUGGCGCACAGCGGCGUGCGGCCGUGCGACAUCAGUCGACAGCUGCGCGUGUCGCACGGCUGCGUGUCGAAGAUACUGUCGCGAUACUACGAAACGGGGAGUUUCAAGGCUGGCGUGAUAGGCGGGUCGAAGCCCAAGGUAGCGACCCCUCCUGUGGUGGACGCCAUAGCUGCAUACAAGCGAGAGAACCCCACGAUGUUCGCCUGGGAGAUCCGGGACAGAUUGCUCAGCGAAGGCAUUUGCAGCCAGGACAAUGUACCCUCAGUAUCUAGUAUUAAUAGGAUCGUGCGGAACAAGGCGGCGGAGAAGGCGAAGCACGCGCACAACCAACAGCAGCAGCAAGAACAGGAGAUCAGCUCGGCGCAGGGGAGCGUUGUUUCUGUGAUAACCCAUGCGGGCAACGCGCCUGGAGCCACAGCGGUGCUGACUCCCACCACGGAGCACGUGAACAACGCAGGCAGCUACAGUAUCAACGGCAUCCUGGGCAUCGAGCAGGUGGACCAGCUUCACAACGGCAACCCGCUCAAGAGGAAGCGCCAUGAAGACCAGGAUGAGAACAGAGACUUCAACAGCCAUUCAGAGGACGACGUCAAAAGACAAAGAAGUCACUACAACGGUGACCAAAUAUACUCCAACCUGUGGUCAUCAUCGAAGUGGAGCCUGAAGGACGAGUACAAGCUGCUGUCGGAGCUGGGCGGCGGCACGGGCUACUACGGCGAGCUGUUCGACGCGCCCUACGACCAUCCCCACCACUACACCCCCCACUCCGCCACCAACGACUCGACGGGCUCCGCGCCGGCGGGCGGCGAGCCCCCGUCGGCGGCGGGCAGUCCCGACGCGGCCGCGCUCGUGGUGCUGCAGCCGCCCGCGCCGCCCUACCCGCCCUACGCGCACUACGACGGCACCGCCACUCUCGCAAGCGAGUAUGCCUACGCGGCCCCCUACUCGCAGUACUCCCCCUACGGCGGGCCAUACUCUCACCCCGCCGCCACGGGGUUACUGUCCAAGUGAUAUCAACGGGCGCCGUGCGAGCAGUAGCUGUCGGCGUGCCACAACGAACAAAAGUGAUAAAAGAGACACUUGUGAAACUGUGAGGAUUUCAGUUAAACGUUAUCAUUCCUUUAGAAAAUCUCAAUAUAAAUGUAGAUAAAUUAAUAAAAUUAAUAUGUACAAUUUUUAUUAUCUAUAAAAUGUUUAUUUUCGAGGUCAGUAUCGCUUUUCUUUCGCUUUCUCGAUUUUACAUUUAUUAAUUAUUGUCCAAGCAAUUCAUUUUAUACUCAUUAUUUUUAAAUAAAAUAAAAUUUAAUGAGAGAGCCAAAGUAUUGAUAAUUCUUCGUUUUAAAUGUAAGCUGUAAAUAAAAUUGUAUCGAUUAUAAUUAUUAUAUUUCAUUUAAUGUCAGAAUUAGAUUUAAGGAUCUUUAUUUUCUUUACCUCAAAAAUAGUGAAUAUUUUUUAUGUAAGAUAUUAUAUUGAAAUUUCAUUUAUUUAACUGUUUUAAGCUGUCUUAGCACAAUGUCGUUAUUUUAACGCCCCUUUAUUGCUGUUACUGUUCGUAUAAGUUAAUUUAUUUUUUAUAUUGUUGUAAUUUAGUACAUAUUAUAAUUAUGUAUUUAUAUGAAAUGCAUUGAACGAUGCUUGUGAACAAAGUUAAUAUAUACAAAGUACUUAAAGAAUUAGAUGUUUUUUUUUUGAAAUUACAAUGAGAUUAUUUCCUGUUUUUUUUCCUUUUUUUACUUUUUAUAAUUAGUAUUUAAUCGCUAGUACAGUGUAACGGUGAAUGUAAAUAAAUGUUCACUGAUGGGUGAUGUCGAAUGAAUUAUAUGUUCAAAUGUAAUGUGUAGAAAUUUGUUUUUAGUUUGUAAAAUUGUAUUUUUGAAAAUCUUAUCGUUUCCGUCCAUUUUGUUUUAUUUUAUUAUUUUUUGUAAAUAUCGCCUUAGUGUUUAACAGUUUUUUUUUCUGUAUCCGAUAGCAUAUUUUUUUUAAUAAUAUAUUAUGUAUAUUAUGGUAAUAUAUGAGAUUUUUUGCAAUAACAUACAGUUUAGAGGUAUGCCAAAGACUUGUAGUGAUGUCUUUACAUGCGAUUUUUUUUUCUUUCUAGAUUAUUUUUAUGUGAAGCAAUAUUAAUUGUGUCGCCAAAGAAAUUGUGGACUUUUUCUGACGUUAUUUCAUAAAAAAUCAAAUUUAAUACCUCUUUUAUAUAUGUUUACAUAGGAAAAAGUAUUUGCAACCAAAUCAAAUUAAAUGAUUUCUGAUGAUCUCUGGUACAGUUAGUUGUGGUUCUCGACAGACAGGUACUGGGUUCGAUUUCCAACGUCGACCAGUCUCUGGUCUGGUGAUAGGCAUUCGGCCGUGGCUAGUCACCACACAACCGGCAAAGACAUACCGCCAAACGAUUUUAACGUUCCGGUACGAUUCCGCGUAGUAUAGACGUGCUUCUUCCAAGUAAACCCGCUUCCAUAUUAGACUGCAUCAUCACUUCACAUAAGAUGUGAUCGCAGUAAGUAGCCAGCUUUUCAAUCUACUCAUCACCAUCAUAUCAGUCGAUGGACGUCCACUACAAGACAGGCCUUUUGUAGGGACUUCCAAACAUCACGAUACUGAGCCGCCUGCAUCCAGCGAAUCCCUGCGACUCGCUAGAUGUCGUUACUCCACCUGGUGGGGGUCGACCAAUACUAAGCUUUUCAGCAUCUUGAGACCCCAACGUCCAUCUGCUCUUCGAAUUAUGUCAAUCUAUCUUCCUGCUGAUUGAAAAAGAAAAAGUUCACAGUAAAAUAUCUCAUUUAACUAUUGAUGACAUUAUACCUAUUUUUAUGUUUCCUAUUUAUUUAACUUCAAAGGUUUUCGCUCACUAUUCUAUUACGAGUUUUUAGAAAAUAUUUUAGAUUUACGUCAAAACUUUUUUUGAUCUUGAUGAUUGAAAAAUAUAGACAUGUUUAAGCAAAGAACUUAUAUAAAAACAGCAAAGGUCUAUUUUCUGUUACAAAGAUAUCUAUAACAUCGUUCAAAGUUAAGUUCUUCUAACAAAACUAAGUAUUAUAGCGACUAAAUAUUAGGGUAUUUAUAUAUUUUUUCUCAAAGAAAAUAUCAGAAUUACACUUUAAAUUUGUAUUGAAUCUUGAUUUUCUGACAAAACUUAAAAAAAGUAUUUAAUAAAUAAAAAUGAAUAAUUAAAAUAAUUUCUAUUUGUUGGAGUAUAGAUUUGUAUGUAAAUUAAUUUAAAAUGGCGCCUCAGCACAAAUACACAUUGGAUGUGCAAUAUCUAAAAAGUGAAUAACUCACACUGAAAAGUGACUAUUCAAUUGUUUUUACAAAAAAAAUAACGUGUAAAUGAGAAAUUCAACUUUGCCGUCAAAUUUUCUAAAUUCAUACAUUAUUAAUUCCUGACCUUGUAAUGUUUUUCAUUCAACAAGUUAUUAGUUUGAACCUUUUUAAGAAAUAAUGACAAAAAUAAAGAAUUAGGAACCUGUUUUCUUUAAAGAGACUUAAUGACAUCCUAAGUUCAUUCAUAGCUAUUAUGUUUACGGUUUUAUAGAGAAUAAACGAUUAUUAUUAUUAUUAUUAUUAUAGAUAAAAUUAAUUUUAGUACCUACAUAAAUGUUGGGUUUACUUUUCAUAACAGCUAUGGUAUAGUGGGCGGAGACCUUUACUUUAUUUUAUUUUGCUUUUGACCCCGAAAGCAUAUCGAUGUAAGUGAUACUGUUCACAACAUAUUAAUAAGUAUACAAUGUAAUAGUUUCAUUUUAUUUGUACUAAGUAUAUUUGUAAGGCAAAACGCACCAGUACGAAAUAAAGGCAUAUGAGUUUUUAAAAA